ACCCUUUCCUGGCUUGCCAACCCUUCCCUCCAAAAACAUCAUCUUGGCCAUGCUCAGCUUAGCGCCGCCGACCGCGCGGACAGCGAGCAUCGUGCGACCAUCGCGCACCUCCCUGCGAUUCAUGCCCGAGGCUUUAGGCAUCGCAGGCUUGGAUCCAGGCGCGUGCAUGGUCGCCGCAGGCGUGCUGUCCGCCGGCGCCGCUGUGGCGCAGGUGCCCCGCCGUGCCCAGCGGCUCCGGAAGCGCAAGGCCGUGCUAUCCCCACCUUCGCGCUUGCCGGACUUCCUGCGCACCCCUCUGCUGAUCCCCGCUGAGAGCGAGCGCGAGCCUACGGUUCUGGUGGACUGCGGCAGCGGGUCCACGCGGGCCUUGUACUUUCAGGACGACGGCCGGUCUCACGUGGCAUGGGAGAAAUCUGAGUGGCGAGGUGAGCCGCUGGCAAAGGCUUUGCACUGUGAGCUGCGUGUCGAGAAGUUGCUGCGCUUGUUGGAGAAGGAGCUCUCGCAGCUCACGGCGAAGGGCCCGGUGCUGCUGGGCGCCACCGCCGGAGUGCGCCAUGCCGUGGAGGACGGCAGCUUACCAGAGAGCAAGCUCCAGCUCUUCCGGGACCGCCUGCAUGAGACCUUCGGGCCGCGGGCGCGUUUCAUGGUGCUCAGCGGCCAGGAGGAGGCUAGGGCUGAGUGGGAGGCGCUCCAACACGCCCUGGACUUUGCCCCCGAUCUGAGCAGAGACCACUUCGAUGGCAUGCUGUCCGGCGGUGGCAUGUCCUGCCAGCUGGUCCUGCGAAGAGACGGAAGCUCUCCGGAUCUCUUCAGCUUCCGCAACGGGGUCUUGGCCCCCGCGGGUCUCGCGGACCGCGCCGGCCGGGGCGAGCUGCUGGCGGAAGACCUGGCCGCGGAGCUGGACGUUUUGCAGCGGAAGGCGGAGGAGCAGGCGGCGCGGCUGCCGCGGGUUGCUGCCGAUGGUUUUGCGCUGGUGGAGUGGCUGGGGCUGUUCGUAGCAGGGGAGUCCACAGAAAGGGACCAGGUGCUGGGCAUGGGCUACGAGCGCUGGCUCAGCCGCCAGGAGAUCCUGGAGAGGGUGUCAGCGCACCUGGCGAAGCUCGCUACCCAGUACUCGCCCGGCGCCGGCCCCGUUCCGCGGCGGGCGGCCAUUUCUCUUAACUACGGCAUCAUCUUGCGCGCGGUUCUGCAGAGGUGCUUUCACGCCGGCUCGCGCUUUUACUGUCUGAAGGGUGUCAAUUGGAGCACAGGGCACUAUUUGCUGCACAGAGAAGUUCUUGAGCAGUCUGCGCUCCAACAAGUGUGAGCUUAGUGAGCUAUUCCUGCAUGUGUGUCCUAAGGUUUUUGGUGCAGCUAAGCUGCGUACUCUUGCGGCAGACACUUUGUAGUGAUGCUGAGAAACAUUGUGAAACUGGCAGAUCUGACUGGCGAGGACAGAGAGUGUUUGCAGUAAGCAUUGAGCACGGGUGUCAAGUAGUUAAUUACGAGCCAUCCAGUCGGGCUUGCCGCAUUAAGCCGAAGUUCCCUUGAGCUUCGGCAUCAUGGUGCAGUGCUCGUGAGGGCAAGGUCUGGUAAAACCAGCAGGUUUGGUGAAUUGCUGAGGUCGGCGCAGCAGCUAGCAGCCUGUAUUUGCUACGCCUGCUCGAUGUUCGCAAAAUGCGUUCUGGUCGUGCCGAUUAGGAAAGAGCUGACA